AUAGAAAACUAAUGACAAACGAAAAAGGGUGAAUAUCAAAAAUAAAAACAAUACGAACAAUAUGCAGACGCAUAAAAGGAACGUAAAAUGCAACAAAGGGAAAAUGAAAAUUUACUUUUCGUUUUGCAAGAAAAUUUGUGCACUGUGAUUCUCUUUAAUUUCCAAAAUAGCCGGAAGAUUGCAAGGAAGAUAAAAACAAACGAAAAACGAUUAGAAAAGAAAGAGGAACAUUAAACGCUCCAGUGCAAUUGCGGGAUUUUGUAGAAUUUUUUAAAUUAAUUUUAGUUUUGGUUUUGUUUAAUUUGUGUCGUUUAAAUUGAGUUACAAUGGCUGAUCCAGAAAAACAAAGUUUAUUGCAAAAUGAAGAUACAACGACCGGGUACGCGUCGGCUAGUGGCGGAGAAAGUGUAAUUGGAGCCAACGAUUCCAAUGAAGGUGGUGUAUCGCAGGCGAAUGUGCCAUUUAUUGGACCAGACGAAGUGCCUCCACCAUACCAGCAAAGUGCUGGUGCCGGUGGAGUACCCAUGGUUACAUGUCGUGUUUGUCAAAAUAUGAUAGACAUAACCACUAAGCGGGAACAACAUGUGGUUAAAUGUACUCAUUGCAAUGAAGCAACUCCCAUUCGGAAUGCACCACCUGGUAAAAAGUAUGUGCGUUGCCCAUGUAAUUGUUUGCUGAUUUGUAAAAGCUCAUCGCAGCGUAUCGCUUGCCCACGCUCUAAUUGCAAGCGAAUUAUUAAUUUAGCACCUAGUCCGGUCACUCCUCCCGUACCGGCGAUGCCUGGUAUGUGCCGUGUCACAUGUGGCCAUUGUUCUGAUACAUUUCUCUUUAACACUUAUCACAAUAAGUUGGCACGUUGUCCACAUUGCCGGAAAGUAUCGUCUGUGGGUUCACGAUUUGCCUGUGGACGUGGUAUAUUACUCGCCAUAUUUGGGCUGUUAUCUUUGAUUGGAGGUGUUUGUAUAACGAUUGGAACAAUAAAAUAUGCUGAGGAUCAUGGCAUAAUCUAUUUGGGAUACAUCGCUAUUUUUCUGAUUUCAGCAUUUUUAUUCGGUCGUUCAGUGUAUUAUUUCAGGCUUAAAGUGAGCGCUAUUGACGGACCGAUGUAAGAACGCUUCAAAUAGUUUUUGUAUCAUUCCUUUUGAUAUUAAAUCAAUUAAAAAACAAAAAAAAUUAAUUAAAACAAAAGUAACAAACCAAAAUAUUUCAAUAAAAGAUUGUAAUACUAAAAAAAAAAAAUAUAAAACGCAUAAGUUUUGCAUUACAAAGAACAAACGCAAUAACGCAAAAAUCCUUUUCAAUUGUAUUGGAACAAUAAAAAAUAAUAUAGAAAAACAAAAUAUAUACAAAAAAAUUGUAAUUUAUGUGCUA